AUGUCCCACGCAACGCCCUCCGAAGCCGAAGUAGUAACCACCCUCUCCCAGCUCAAGCUCUCCACAAAAUCGCCCCAAAAGCCCGCCAAUAAACCGAAAUCCGCACCCGUUGCUGAGUCCUGGGAUGACGACCUCUCCGGCGGCGGCUCCGACACCGAGACCGAAGAGUCCUCAGAUACACGCUCUUCGCGCGCCACAGAGCGCGACUCGCUCUCUCCACUUGCAACCAUAAAGUCUGUCGAUUCGCCCCACCCACCGCCGCCUACGCCUGCAAGCCCGACCGGCGUGCCAUUCGACUUUCCAGACAAUGUGUCGUAUGGCGCAGGAGGUGGUGUAAACAGUAGGGACGGGAGCAGGAGAGGGAGCGCUACGGCCAGUCCGGCGAGAAGACCGGAUAAGACGACUGCGGUUGCCGGGCGAUUGAUUGCGGGAGCGUUGGGUGUAAGGGCGCCACGGAGGACCGAAGAGGAAAGGGAGUAUGAUCGCGCGAUGAGGGAUAAGGAGAGGAAGAGGAGGGAUGAAGAGAGAGAGAGGGAGAAGCAGGAGAGACAGGCUGCUGAAGAUAGGAAGAGGUCCGUGUGGGAGGAUUGA